AUGCCGUCGCAACGAUAUGAGCGCAUAUCGGACCACGACGAGGAGAGCUCGUCACCCGUGACCGCCGCCGCACAACCCACAUACCCCAUCCCCAACAGCCCGCCACCCUCCUUCCACAGCCGCGCUUCCUCCCCCAACGCCGACUCCCGACGUCUCCUCGCCGACGACCCGCUCGCCAAGGACGAAGACCGCACACUCGAAGACGCGUUUGACUCGCCUUCAGACGAUGAGAGCGAUGGCGAAGGGGAUGGGCUGGAUGAUCGGCAGCGGUUGAUGCGGGGCCAGCCGCAGAGUGAGGAGGAGGACGACGACGGGAGUAACGGCCAGAAUCCGAGAGGCGGGAUCCAGAGACGAGUUACGCAGUUGCCGGUUUUCCAGCCUUCGAGCGGGGCUACGGCGGGAGCUGGGCGGAUAUAUGGUGGGGGACAGAAUGAUGGCGUGUGGGCGAAUCUGAGCGCGAAACCGACACCGGGAGAGGAUCUGGAGGAGAAGCCUCCGACGUACGAACAAGCCGCCGCCGAUGCUACACCUCCAUACUGGGAAACCACCAUCCUCGCCCCCGGCACCUUCGGCGACGAAGUCUACGUCGAAGGCCUCCCCGUCGGCUCCCUCUUCAGCUUCGUGUGGAACGCAAUGAUCUCCAUGUCCUUCCAGUUUGUCGGCUUCCUCCUCACCUACCUCCUCCACACCACACAUGCCGCCAAGAACGGGUCCCGCGCCGGACUGGGCAUCACGCUCGUCCAGUGGGGCUUCACGAUGAAGAGCUCGGCGGCCAUGAACCCGGGAAGCGACACGGUAAACGACUACCCGGACCCCAAUUCGAAUGCGAUUCCGGCGGAUCCUAAUAGUCACAACUUCGACCCGAAUGCUCUGCCUGGUUCUCCCUCGGCGGGGGCGGCGGAUUCUCCGGCGAGUGCGGGAAUCACGAGUAGUGAUCUUUUGGCGUAUGCGCUCAUGAUUGUGGGGUGGUUCAUCUUGAUCAAGAGUGUUUCGGAUUUCAUCCGGGCGAGGAGGCAUGAGCAGUUGGUGUUGCAGAGUCCGGAUCGGGGGCUGGGGACUGCGGUUGUGGCCGAGGGGGAGAGUCCGGAGAGGAGUGUUUAG